AUGGCCUCCCAAGAUCCUCCACUCGACGAGAUCCAAUGGCGCUCACCGCAGCUCGUCGCCGAAAUGGGCGGCAUCCAUUCCAACACCAUCCUGCACUACUUUGCGCGCUCGCCCUUCUUCGAAGAGACCUCGAACAACGCGAUUGUGACGAACCAGGCAUUUCAUAACGCGAGCAUGUACCACUUGAUUCAGACCCGCGAAGCGUUCGAGGGCCGCCUCCGUACCAUGGCGGGGCUGGAAUUCAUGGUCGCGCAGGAGCCGGCGGAGACGGGACCUGGCAUGGGGACGGGUGUGUGGGUUAUUCGCAAGCAGACUAGGAAGAAGCGGCCUGGUAUUGAGGAUGAGAUUAUGGUACACGCGACUUAUUUUGUGGUUGGAGAGAAUAUUUACCAGGCGCCUACGCUAGCGGAUAUCCUGACAUCCAGAAUUAAUACGAUAACAGACGCCAUGAGCAAAGUCCUUCCAACCGCCGAUAGCGCCCGUACCUGGACACCGUCCCUCGGCAGCGUAUACCGCCCAUCACCCACCCCUACCACCCAGCCUCAAGGUGGCGCCGUCGAAAAGACAGCUCCCGCAAAGGGAGAAGCCCCCAAGGUCAAAAACAAUACUCUCGAAACCGAACUCGAGCGCCUCGCCGAAGAUUCCUUCAUCAGACAUCUAAAGUACGGCGGGGACUACAUUGACGAGAAACCUAUAACAGGCCAGCCUGGAAACUUCCACGUCGCUUCCACAGGCCGCAAGGAGAAGCCUGCGAAGCUGCCUUCGUUGCCAACGAAAACGGACGGUAUAAGCGGCUUGGGGCUGCAGGGCCCGGCUAUAGCGAAGAAUGGAAAGGAGGGUAAGAAAGCAGAAAAGAGCCCGAGGCCGCCCAAUGCGCCAAAACCGAGACGGCGUAAGACGAAAACCGGUUCUGUCGCCCCUGCUAGUUGA